CAUGUUUUUCUUAGAUUGCUUAUUUUAUUUCAGAUUAUUCCAAACAGGAAAAUUACUUCAGUUCCUAGCUAGGAUUGAGUAUUGCACAGAGAACAUCCUGUGAAAAUGGAAGCUGAAAAAUCGUCCUCGUUGUUGUUGCUCAAAGAAGAGAAGGAGAAUUUGGAGGAGGGUCGAACUGAAAACACAGGGGAAGGCUCUUCGUUUGCAGACCCCUUCUUAGAAGUCAAGGCAGAACCAGAAUUUUUUGACGGUGGGGAAUUGGAUGUGAACCGUUUAUCCCAAUUUAUAAAGUAUGAGGAGGAGGAGGACAGCUCUCCAAGCUAUGAUGAUGGAAGUGGAAAGAAGAAGAUAUGUAUGGCAGAAGAAAAUAGACAUUUGGGUAGAAAAAUCACAGCAGGGAAGCAAAUAAGUUGUGCUGAAUGCCAAAGGACAUUUCCAAAGAUGUCCCAAUUGAAAUCCCACAUGAGAACUCAUACAGGAGAGAAACCACAUACUUGUUCUAUAUGUCAAAGAAGCUUUUCUCAAUUAGCUAAUCUCAAAUGUCAUAUGAGAACUCAUACAGGAGAGAAACCAUAUACUUGCUCUAUAUGUCAAAGAAGCUUUUCUCAGUCAACAUAUCUCAAAUAUCACAUGAGAACUCAUACAGGAGAGAAACCAUAUAUUUGUUCUAUAUGUCAAAGAAGCUUUUCUCAAUCAGUUCAUCUCAAAUCUCACAUGAGAACUCAUACAGGAGAGAAACCAUAUAUUUGCGCUAUAUGUCAAAGAUGUUUUUCUCAUCAAAUUAAUCUCAAAGUACACAUGAGAACUCAUACGGAAGAGGAACCAUAUACAUGCUCUAUAUGUCAAAGAAGUUUUUUUCAUUCAAGUGGUCUCACAGAACACAUGAGAACUCAUACAGGAGAGAAACCAUAUACUUGCUCUAUAUGUCAAAAAAGUUUUUCUCUUCAAUGUAAUCUCCAAAGACACAUGAGAAUUCAUACAGGAGAGAAACCAUUCACUUGCCCUGUAUGUCAAAAAAGUUUUUCUCAAUCAGGGGAUCUCAAAACACACAUGAGAACUCAUACAAGAGAGAAACCAUACACUUGCUCUAUAUGUCAAAGUAAUUUUUCUCUUCAAAGUAAUCUCCAAAGACACAUGAGAACUCAUACAGGAGAGAAACCAUUCACUUGCUCUGUAUGUCAAAGAAGUUUUUCUCGGCCAGGUCAUCUCAAAACACACACAAGAACUCAUACAGGAGAGAAACCAUUCACUUGCCCUAUAUGUCAAAAAAGUUUUUAUCAAUCAGGUGAUCUCAAAACACACACGAGAACUCAUACAGGAGAGAAACCAUACACUUGCUCUAUAUGUCAAAAAAGUUUUUCUCAGCCAAGUCAUCUCAAAAGACACGAGAAUUUACACUAG